GGGAGUUCUGUAGAUUUACCUGCUCCAGUUUUGUUCGUGCAUUUCGUUCGGAAACAGGAUGAGGGAACAUAUCAAUUGAAGGUGAAAACAGAAAGAGGCGAGGAGAUAGCUGCACAAUCCAUAUAUAUUAUAGUUACUGUACAUGAUAGCAUAGAGGAUGUUCAGGAUUCACAUCUUGAAGAGGAAAGACGAGAGGUUGAAAAUCAGACAGAACCAAUCGGAUUUCAUAAGCAUCAUACCUCUAAUAUAGUUCUCCUUCAUGAACAUACUCUAGCAAAACGCAUAAAUGAGUCAGAAUGGCGAUCCAUAUGCUUUACAAAUCGGCCAAUAACGUUGAAUGAAAAUGUGUACGUACGUAUUUUGAACUAUCUUCAAACUGGCACAGCUCUCCUAAGUGUGGAUUGA